CACCCACCACCAUCUAAGAAUCCUUACCUCGACGAUUGUCAGUGUUUGAUGAGUAAGGUAGCUUUGGCCGCCAUUGUGACGACGAAAUUCAAUUAGUUGCGCAACAAUCACAUCUUGCAUUGUGCUUCUACCUCCCUUUACCCGAGGCCCAUCUCAAGCAGCUGCCAUGGUUCGCACACGGCCCAUCCAGAAGUUUGCAGCCGCAGUUGGCCAAUGUACAGCAGAGACCUCCAUGUACGGCAAAUGCAUCCUUGCCGACUACAACUCUGUCCACAAGGAUAAGUGUUUGAAGGAGUUUCUCAGACUGAAGGAUUGCUAUCUUGUAUAUCUCACCACUAUGCCCCUUCCUACCUCUGCCUUUACCGAGUCUACUACGUCACUAACGCUCGAGUUUUCCAUCAAAAGGUCGCUGCCCGCAAGGCAAAAUAAUCAUGGAAGAAGCAUAAUAUACCAAUAUCUUAAUCUCUCGAAUCUUGUUGUGAUGAAUUCACUUUUUUUCUUUUGACUUCCUAGUCUUCGUCACUUUCAUCUACUCAUGCACCAGUAAUA